AACUUGAUCAGAGUUUAGCACGAUUAUUCGCCGCGAUGGCGGAGGUGGCCGAUCUCGCCGUCUCCCUGUCCUUACUGCUAGUGAUUGUAGUUUUUAGCGAGGUGGCGAGGAGGACGGCUUUAUAUAUCUUCCCAAAUCGAAACUGGAUCAUUUAUGUGCUGGAGCUGAUUUCCACGUUUCAACUGUGCGCGUGCACGCAUGAGUUAAAGCUGCUCGCUGAGGUGCGCGGACUGGAGCCGCAGAUCGCACUGACCCUCACGUACCUCAUCUCGGUGGUCCACGCGCUUUCGUUCCACGGCGCGAUCUGUAACCCGAGCGGCGCUCUGGAGCAGCUGUGGCGCGGGGCUUUGACGCGAGGAUGCGCUCUGACGCGGAUCUCAUGCCAGCUGAUUGCGGCAGUAGCGGCGCGGCGCGUCAUGCCUCACGUAUGGGCACUGGCGCUCUCUGACCUGCACGCGCAACACUCAGCAGCGGGCUUUAAAUGCGUGAACAGCCCCGUUAACGCGCCUCUGCUGCAGGCCGCCGCGGUGGAGCUGAGCUGCGCGUUUGUGAUGCACUCCGCGGUGUCUAACCUGGAGAAGGUGGAGGAAAAAUAUCGGGUUCCUGUGGUAGCUGCUGUCAUCACUACAUUAGUCUAUGCAGGUGGUCAUCUCACCGGCGCCGUGUUCAACCCAGCACUGGCGUUCUCAGUACAGUUCCCCUGUCCUGGAAACAGUUUUGCGGAGUACAGUUUUGUGUACUGGAUCGGACCAAUACUGGGUAUGACAGGCUCUCUGCUGCUUUUUGACCAAGUGAUCCCUGCUAUUUCAGGAAAACGCACAAUUCCAAAGCACCUGAACUCUAAUGGACUCAAGAGAAAAAAGAUGAAGUGAAUUAAGGCCUUAUGACAGAGACUGACUUCUCGUUUAUAAGUGCUUAUAUACUGUGAAUAUAUACUGUAAUUCUCCAGCUCAUCUCCAAGUAAUAACCAGGGUUUCUGCAUGUUUUAAAAUGUCUUAAUUCAGGCCUUAAAAGAUCUUAAAUCGGAGAAGAAAGUCUUAAAUUCAUUAUGUUAUGGUAUUAAAUGAUGCAUGCACUUUAAAAAAACAACUUUGUAUUUUUCCCUAAUACGAAUAUCUAAACAUGCUUUAACCAAGAUACAUUCACUUGAGAUGCAAACUGAACAUAUAAAGUCUUGUAUUCUUUAUAUAGUUAUAUAAAUUGUUUUCUAAUUAUAUAGUGUAUAAUCAUAAUUAAAUCAAGUACAAAGUUCAAAACUUUUUCCUUUGAAUUAAAUAGAUUUUUCUUAGACUACUAGAAAAUAUUUUUCUUGUUUUAAUCAUAAGUUCACUUCAUUUUGAUCAGUUUCUCAUAAAACAAGACUUACUUUAUGUCAUUUUGCUUCUCAAGAAAAUGCAUCUCGAUUUGAAAAUCAUUACGUAGUAUUCAUUCAAUGUUCACGGUCUUAAAAAUGUCUUUAAAUGUCUUAAAUUGACCUUCACUUAACCUGCAGAAAGCCUGAAUAAUUAAACUGGGACCUUAAUUAUUAUUUUUUUUUUAAAGAAGGGUUUUGGUGAAAUCUAUGCUUUCAGAAAAAUCUUAAAAUGUCUUUUUAAUAACAAGAUGCAUAUUCAUAAAGCACAGUGAGUCUAUAAUGACAUUCAUAACACUCAUAAAAAGCACAUGACCUGUGUGCCAAGAAUCAACUGUAAAUGAGUUACGUUUUGUUUAUGUGUUAAAUCAUAUUUUUAACAAGCAGACAUUCCUGGAAUAAGAGAGCUGAAGUGUUAGAAUACUAUUUUGCAUUACAUUCUACUAGCGAUGAUUCUUACCUAGUAACAGGUAAAUGUUAUUGUAGCAAUAGUAAUCUUGAGCACAGUUUUCCAGUGCCUUUGGAUUAUUCUAGGUAAAAUAACCUGGGAAGAUCAGACCGAAUUGAGUGCUGCAUCUAUGAGCAACUGCAGAAUAUGUAUUAUUAGAUAAUAACACGCUUCUGUGUUAUGAAGAGUUACAUGAAGUGUGAAAAUCUGUAAUUAAACGUUACAUAAAAA